CAUUUUUGCUUUAUAUAAACUAACCAUGUAUUGCAACUUCUAUAAGUUCAUCACAUUUUAGCAUUUAGUUUCUUCAAUUUCAAACCCAAUUUAUGCAGCAGCUAUAAUUAGUAUAUUAGGUGAUAUAUUCAUACAAAAAUGAGAGAUAUAAGGAAAGUAGUGAAUGGAUUGAAACCAGGCUUGAUGAUGGUAUUGGUGCAGAUUACAUUUGCUUCUGUGCAUGUUCUCUACAAAUUUGCCAUUAAUAAUGGAAUGAGCGUAAGAGUUCUUACAGCGUACCGUCUCAUUUUCGCAGCAGCUUGCACUAUUCCCCUUGCUCUCAUUUUUGAAAGGAAAAACAGACCAAAGCUGACUUGGAGGGUAGUUUUUAUGUCAUUCUUUUGUGGUCUUUUUGGGGGAAGUUUAUUCCAAAACCUUUAUUUUGAGUCAUUGGCAUUGGUAUCAGCGACAUUUGCUUCCGCCGUUUAUAAUCUAAUUCCUGCCGUCACUUUUAUCUUCGCCGUCUGUUGUGGUUACGAAAGAUUGAAUUUGCAAACGGCACCAGGGAAGGCUAAGGUGUUAGGAACAAUAACAGGAAUUGGUGGGGCUAUGAUGCUUACAUUUCUGAAAGGUGUUGAAAUUAACAUUUGGAACUUCCACAUUAAACUCUUACAUAAGGACCAAAAGGGAACAUUAAAUCAUGAUUCUGUUACCAAAUUGUUGGGUAUUUUUUGUGGUCUCGGAAGUUGCUUCUGUUUUGCAUUAUGGCUCAUCAUUCAGACUAAGAUGAGCAAAGAAUACGAAGGUAAUUAUUCAAGUAUAGCUAUGAUGUGUUUAAUGGGUGCGAUUCAAGCCACUGUUUUUGCCCUUUUUGUUGAGAAGGAUUGGAGCCAAUGGAGGUUGGGUUGGAAUAUUAGGCUUCUAACUGCAGCAUAUACGGGAAUUGUGGGCUCUGGAAUUAUGUAUAUUGUAAUUGCAUGGUGUGUAGGGAUGAUAGGUCCACUGUACGCCUCUGUUUUCAACCCUCUGAUGCUUGUGCUUGUGGUUAUUGUUGGUUCCUUGAUAUUGGAUGAGGAACUAUACUUAGGAAGUGUAAUUGGAACUAUUCUAAUAAUGAUUGGAUUGUACACGGUGUUGUGGGGUAAAAGUAAAGAAAUGGAAAAAGUGAUUCAUUUUGAAAUCACUUCAGAAAUUGAAAAGGUUGAAGUUGUUAUCACGUCCACAACGAUAGAUCAUAAUAACAUUAACUACAACAACAACAUUGAGAUCAAUAGUAAGAACAACACUGUUGGGAAUGGUUGCAGAUAUGAUAAUUCAUCUAAAGGUGAACACUAAAGAUAUAAUGUCCAAAGUAACAAAAAAUAAUUGGUUUCAAAUUUUUAAGGGAAAUCUUGACGAAUAACGACCUAAAAUAUUUAAGAUCCAAAUAUUCAUGAUAAAUAUAUUUUUAGGCAAUUUUAUAACUGUAGUUUUACUUGUUAAUUAAUAAUUAAUUUUUCCUAUCUUUGUUCUUAUUAGAUUAUUCUAUGUUUACA